AAACGCCCGCUAUCCGCACGGCGAAGACUCGUCGUUCAUCCCGGCGCGACGUCUGGUUGUCAAAAUAUCGCUGGAAAUUGGUCUGUUCUCUCUUGAACUGAAGAAACCGACGUUCUUGAGCGUGUGCGAAGCAUCGCCGGCCCCGAAAAAACGCUCCGUCGACCCGCGGGUGCGUUGCAGUGCACUGUGAGGCCGCUCCUCUACCAUAACCUUCUGCUUGUUGUGGGCCUGAAACUCCAAGUGAGGUUGCAAGAGAGUUGCAAGAGAUGGAUAUCGAAAUUAGGAACUUGCGCUCUCUCCUUACAGUAGCGAGGAAUGAAAUCAACAAUCUGAGGCAACAAAUUCGCUCUCUCAACCAUGUCCACGAGAAGGAAGUUGACGAAGUCAAGCAAAUGGUCAGGGACUGGCGCUGUGCAGGCUGUCUUCAGAGAGCGGCUGCAGAGGCUGACAGUGGUCUGGCCUAUGGCUUGGGUGGUGCCGCAUCUAGCAUUGCCUGUGUCAAUAGUAAUCAAAGAGGCGAUUCAAAUGAGGUAAACGCUUUAGAAAUGGCACCUAUUGGUAUUGUCAACUCCUGGUUUCCCGAGAAACGUGGCACUCCUCGUCAACCUGGAGUGAGCGGAAGUGCCAGAGGAAAGCUGACCCUGUACAAUACAGUUUUUACAAAUCCUGAGCAUGCACUUGAAGGUCUUGAAGAAUACUCACAUAUGUGGAUCCUCUUCCACUUCCACAAAAACGACUCUACACAUGUGAGGGCUAAAGUAGCACCCCCUCGUCUGAAUGGUGCUCGCACUGGGGUGUUUGCCACUCGGUCACCUCACAGACCCUGCCCAAUUGGGCUCUCCUUGGUCCAGAUUGAUAAAGUAGAAGGAGGGGUGGUGUUUUUUUCUGGAGUGGAUAUGGUUGACGGGACACCAGUGCUUGAUAUCAAGCCUUACAUACCUCAGUACGAUGACCCAUUAGACUGCCAGCAUCCACUAUUGAAUGAAAAUAUGGAAUCCCGACUCAUUGUUGAUGGGCGAGAGUCUGAUGAUGAAGACCUCAAUCCUGCUAUUCUCUCUCUUGACCUCACUCCCCGACUCCGUGAGGCCUCCUUGAUGGGCAUGAGGGAGGCCCCUGAUGGCGAGGAAGGAACAUCUCCAGUCCUGGGCCGACCACUCGUAUCUCCAGCUGUGUCUCCAGGACCGUCCGCAAGCCUCAUUCGGCCUCAGGUGCGGGUACCAGCUUGGAUUGCACAACCUCCGGUUUCAAGGCUUGAGGUAAAGUUUAAUGAUACUGCAGUUGAGCAGCUCUCGACCAUACAAACAGAGCGAAAUGAGAGUGUGGAGGAAGCAAAGGUUGCGAUUCAGAGUGUAUUGCAGGAAGAUCCUCGGUCAGUUUAUUUAAGACAGAGAUGGAACAACCAGUUUUACACAUUCCUCAUAGCAGGGCUUCAUGUUAGUUGUCGCUUUGAUGAUAAUGGCUCUGUAGUAACUGUUUUUCGGAUAACAGCUGCCAAUAAAAAUUGUGAGUGUGGCUUACCUGAGUGGCAAUGUACAAUUCAUAAUGGUUCAUCCUAGGACUCAGAGUCUUGAAUCGUUUUCUCGUCUCUUAGGUUGAAUUAUGAUGGGUUUUAACAAAAGACAUGACAAAGUGAGAAGUCAGUAAUAUUACAAUAGUCUUUAUUUCGUGUAUGUAGGCUAUUGUAAUACCAAUGUCCUAAGAUUUUAAAAUUGUGUUACUUAAACACAUUUCUACCUCUUUGAUCCUGUAUAAAUUUCUCUUGAUUUUAAUCUUAGUCUUAUUUAAUACUUGUUAGUAUUUAUAUAAAUAUUAUAAUCUGUUCAACCCAAUAACUUUUAUACCAAAAUAUUUUUGAUGUCUGGUUUUUUUGUGGGUUGUUGUCAGUGUUGUGUCCACUGAUUUAUUGUGGAAUACAGAGAAAAUGGCAUCUCUUCUUAUUGUGUUAAAUUUGAGAAGAUAUUAAUGUUGGGAGUGCUUAUGAACCAGUAAGAGUCAUUUUAGCAGGGCUGUGAUAGUGUUGGUUAUUGGAUUUACUUGUGAAACUUCUGGACAAAGUUUUUUAAGAAAUGCUUUUCUUUUGGUCCUUACUCAGUUUAGGGUAAUGUGAUUGCUAAUAUCACAUUUUGUCAUUCAUUUUGUAGUAUUUCUUCUGCUUAAUUUUUUGUGUCUAGAAUUUUUUUUUUUAAUGCAUGCUUCUUAAGACAUUGGGAGAUUUAAUUUUACUUACUACAUGGUAAAUUUCUUAAAAAUAUCUGUGAUAUGUUGAUAUUGAUUUUAAUAUCCAGAAUGAUCUCUUUUCUCAAUUGUAUAGUUCUAGAGACAGAGUUCCUCAAUUUGCCAAAAUACUGAGAAAGCAGUAGCACUAUGUCAAAUGUACAACAACAUUUUCACAGUGUUCUUCCACAGUCGUGUGUCUGUCCUUUUCCCACGUGUUCUGUUUGAUUAAUGACAUGUAGAUACCUUUGUCAACCUUCCUAUCAAGCACUUAUCUUUUUUGUAUUUUUCUCACUUGCACACCUUAUGAUAAUCAAAGUGUGACAGGAAGCAUCACCGUGUUUCAAAUUUUAUCUUACUAAGUGCCCUGUUUUUCGUCUAACUGAAUAAUUGAAUGAAAUAAAUUAUUUCCCAGAUUGA